GACGCCGUAGCUCCGCCCGUCUUUCGUGCGCAUAGCCUGAAGUCUGGUGAUAUUGGGGUUCCUGUAAAGUAAUGUUAGCUGACUGAGUUUUGACAUUUGUAAACGAGACUGCGAUGGCUUCAUUAAAAGGGAAGAUUAUUACCGUUGUCGGAAGUGGGCUGAUCGGCCGCUCCUGGGCCAUGGUGUUCCUGAGUGGAGGAUACAAGGUCAAGAUCUAUGACAACGAACCAGGACAAGCAUCAGGGGCCAUCACAGAGAUCAGGAAACAGCUUGAGGAGCUUCAGCAAGCCAAAAUGCUGAGAGGAAAUCUCACGGCUGCACAGCAGUUGAGUCUUCUCAGCAGUCAUGAUGACCUGCUGCAGGCCCUAGAGGGAGCUUUCUUUGUCCAGAAUCAUUGUCUUUCAUCCAAGCGUGUAAUUCAGUGCGAGUUGCCAAAUGAACUUCUCUUUCUUCUCAUCCAGGACGGAGUGAUUUCAGUGAAGGACAUUGAUCUGGUGAUGUCUGAGGGCUUGGGCAUGCGCUACGCUUUUAUAGGUCCCAUUGAAACCAUGCAUCUCAAUGCACCAGAAG